GUGUACAUAUGUCCGGUUGGAUCGGGAAGGAAUAAUGCAUUGCAUUCAUUGUGUUAAAACCCAACGACAAGAACACACGCUGAAUUACUACUCUGUAUAUACAUACACAUAUGAAUACGAUCAAUCCCAUUUCUACCAUCCUGCUUAAUCAUUCUAUUAUGAUCCUCGUUUUGCAAUUGAAUUCUUUGAAUUAUUGUGAUGUGAGAGCUUACCUUGGGUCUAUUCAAUCUCCGAUGGGCUAAAAGGUCUAUGUUCUGGGCAUAUGACUAAUAAGAAAAUGAAUUAAAGCCCAAUUAUUUGAAGUAUUGGGCCUUGAAAUGAAAGGCCCAAACUGAAAUGACUCCUCUGAACUGAUCGCGGCGUGGAGUCCCUUCACGGGCAGGUAGCAUUAUAGUUACUUCAUUGCUGUUUUACUCAAUCAGCGAAACGUACGCCCGGGAAUCUAUGGAAAUUCCCCUGCAUUCGGAAUAGUAAACCUCCCAUCUGCAUUAACCUGCUCUUCUAGAUUAGUUGGUUGCUGAGCUGCCUGCCUGAGUUCCGUGAUCAUGGGUUUGGGAGGCGUGGCUGCUGUUUCCGCUCAGGCUUCCGUUGAGUCCAUCACACUUUUCGUCGCCCUCCUGUCCGUGUGCAUCGUGAUCGGACAUCUUCUGAAAGAGAAUCGCUGGUUUAACGAGUCCAUCAAUGCUCUUUUUAUUGGUUUGGCUACUGGAAUAGUUCUGUUGCUGACAAGUAAAGGAGUGAACUCACGUGUUAUGGAAUUUAAUGAAGAGCUAUUUUUCAUAUACCUUUUGCCGCCUAUUAUAUUUAAUGCUGGGUUCCAGGUUAAGAAAAAGCGGUUUUUCAAGAACUUUGCGACUAUUUCGAUGUUCGGUGCUGUCGGCACAGUGAUAUCCUUCUGCAUCAUUUCCUUUGGUGUGAAAGUGGUGUUUGAGGCACUGGACAUGGGCUAUUUUGAACUUCAGGAUUAUCUUGCUAUUGGAGCCAUCUUUUCAGCUACAGAUUCUGUCUGCACAUUGCAGGUUCUUGAUCAGGAAGAAACACCUUUGCUCUACAGUAUUGUUUUUGGUGAGGGCGUGGUGAAUGAUGCCACAUCAGUGGUGCUUUUCAAUGCAAUUCAGAAAUUUGACCUCUCAAAUCUUAACAUGGAGGUUGCAAUGAAGUUCCUUGGCAGUUUCUUCUCUUUGUUCAUAACCAGCACCUUGCUGGGUGUCAUGAUUGGCUUGCUAUGUGCCUAUAUCGUAAAAGAGUUGUACAAUCAAAGGCAUUCAACUGAUCAAGAAGUUGCUUUGAUGAUUCUCAUGGCUUACCUUUCUUACAUGAUAGCUCAGCUCUGUAACUUGAGUGGAAUUCUUACUGUGUUCUUUUGUGGAAUUGUUAUGUCACAUUACACAUUAUACAACAUGACUGCAAGUGCUAAGGUCACCACAAAGCAUGUAUUCGCCACGAUGUCGUUCAUUGCAGAGACAUUUAUCUUCCUUUAUGUUGGUAUGGAUGCAUUAGACAUUGAAAAAUGGGCAUUUGCAAGCGAAAGCCCUGGAAAAUCCAUUGCAGCAAGUGCAGCAUUGCUUGGCCUAGUUGCAGUUGGCAGAGCAGCAUUUGUUAUCCCAUUGUCCCUGUUAUCCAACCUCACAAAAAUGUCUAAGCUUGACGAAAUUGAUUACAGGCAGCAGCUAACAAUUUGGUGGGCUGGUCUAAUUCGAGGUGCAGUUUCCAUGGCUUUGGCAUAUAAUCAGUUUGCGAAAUCUGGACAUACUAAGACGCCUGGGAAUGCAAUUAUGAUCACUAGUACCAUCACCGUUGUCCUCUUCAGCACAGUGGUAUUUGGAUUUCUGACAAAGCACUUGAUAAAUACUCUGCUUCCUGAGGAUGUCAGCGGAUGUUCCAGUCAGUCCAUGGCGACGCUCCCCCUCCUGACCAGUAGUUUAGAAUCAGAAGCCGAACAUGGAAAUGGACGUGGAGAGGUUCCGCGGAGACUGAGUCUGCAGAUGCUGCUGACCACCCCAACCCACGUAAUCCAUCAAUACUGGCGAAGAUUUGACAACUCUGUAAUGCGGCCGAUAUUCGGGGGCCGAGGAUUUGUUGUUGAGUUUGUGGGAAGAAGCAUGCAUGAACGGGGCUAAAUAACAAGAAGAAGAAGAAAAGAAGGAACCAACCAUUUUGAAUGGGAGUAUAGUCCAGUUAAUGUAUGUAUGUAUAUACAUAUACAUACAUACAUAGGUAGGUAGAUAUAUACGUUGAGCUUAGUGCGAGUGUUUUUGUCAAUCUUGCACCCAUCGUAGGCAGGCAGGAUGGUUGGUUGUUUCAUAAACUUGAUAUCACGAGACUAAGAGGAGAGACUGACUGGUGGGUCGUAUUCUUGUAUAUAAAAGGUUUGCUUAGUUUUGCUUUAAAUUAUUAAAUGAUUUAUUUUUAUUGAAAUUUUUUCUCAAUGUUUGAAUUUUGAGUUAAAGAGAUUUGAAUAGUAAAAGUUUUAAAUUUAAAUAAUUGUACGAAAUGAAAUAUAAAUAGGUAUUUCAUGCUUUGAUGAGUAGUAGAAAUUUUUGAAUAAUCCGGAAUUUUUGAAGA